AUGCGUAGCGACGGAUAUCCCGAUACGAUUCAGUACAUCACGGACACGAUCAAAGUCAUGCUAGCCAUUGAAGAGAAGUCAUGGACUGCUAAGGCCCUGUUCUUGGUCGUGUUGCAGAUUAGGGAAAAGAAGCGAUGUUUAAUCGCUCCACAGGUCUCUAUUGCGAUCUAUGUUGCAGCUGAUGUGUAUCCUGAGAAGCCCAAGAUGUGGUAG